ACACAAAUUACUCGAUGGAAACAAAACAUACUUUCGAUUAAUAUGAAAUGUAACGAUCUAAAUUUCAUGAUGAACAAAAUUUUAAAAUAACGGUCAAAUAUUCAAAAUUAUAUAAAUUCGUAUCAUGUGGAAUCAUAUAUAAAAUUAUGUAUCUCUUAGAAACAUCUAGUGAACUAUAAUGGACGAAACAGGCUUAGGCUAACAGUAAACAUUAAAAAUAUGCAGAAAUGAAGAAGACAUGAAGCAUUUGAAACGUCAUUAAAAACAUGUACACAGAAUGAACAGCGAUGAGAACUGGACAGGAUUAUAAGGAAUAGAAGGUAGAAGAAAAUAACGAUAGUUUUAAAAGUUUAUCAUCAAACCCACUGAAUCCUGAUAAAACGCAUCCUCUGCUGCAUUACAUAUCUUAUACCAUUAUUCUAAUACAAUUUUCCAAAGAAGUAUUGUAUAUAAAAUUAGAACUAUAUGGCGGUAAACUUUAGGUCGACUUGACAAAAGCUGUGCAUAUAUUAACGAAAUAAAGUUUAUUCGAGUGGAAAAGAUUUGAAUUUGAGCAAGUAAAAGAAAAGUCCUAUCAAACAAUUCAAACAUGGAGGACUAUGUCAUGGAUAUGAAAACGGGUCACAUGAACUCUGAAGGGAAAGUUAUAAUUCAUCCAACUAAGAAAAAGUUGUUCAAACCGAAGUCAAAGCCCAAAAUACAGUUCUCCGAGAAAGAACUAGCCCCGGGUGUAACGCAACGUACGACAAAAAUAGAAGAGACAGAGACUUGCAGUGGAAGAAAGAAAAUCAUUCACUCGUCCUACGUUAUUAACGAAAACACAGGAACAUUCAUCAGCGUUCAGAGAAUAGAUAUUUCUCCUGGUUGUCGUAAUAUGAAUAAAAGGAACUUCUAAAAGUGUGUACCAAACAGAUCAAACGAAAAUGAUCUAUAAAGAAACAUUGAAAAAGUGA